GAAUAAACAGUAUAAUUCAUCCAAUAAUAAUAGUAGCAUCUUCUUUUACUUCCUCAGUUUCACAUUCCGUCAGAUGGGCAGCCUCAUAUAGGGCUUCAAUAUUUUUCUUUCUUUUUUUUUCUUUAUUCUUACUUUCUUUUUUACUCUUUUAUUUAUUUAUUAUUCUUAUUAUUAUUUUACUGUGCCUCUUAUAAUCGACAUUAGGUUAUGCUGAAGGGGAAAUCAAAAGAUAUUACCUUUGAACAGCUGAUGCAACAGGCAGCUGAAGUAGCCAAGGCUCAAGAUGCAGUAUUAGAGGAAAAAGCCAAGGAAAGACGAAGAUUAGAAGAUGAACGACGACAAAAAGAUGAACGAGCUCUUUUGGAAAGGCAAAAAAAGGAACGUAUGCUGAAGGCUAAGGAAGAAGAAAUCGAAAGACGACAACGAAUGCUAGUACAACAAAAACAACAAUCCUCUCCUCUACGUAAACCUAUCACCUCUUCAACGCAACAGCAUCGACAAAGAUCUAUAGACUCAAAGUCUCAGCCAUCAUCGAAGUCAACCAAAUCUAAAAAUAAUUCAGUUUCUUCACUACCUUUAGUCGAAAAAAAGAAACCUGUACACAUGUCAUAUGAACAACUUUUAGAAAAAGCUAAAGAAGUGUCUAUACCAAAAAAAUCGACAUCUCUUCCUCCUUCUUCAUCAUCAAUAUCUUCAAAGAACGAUGAAAAAGCAUCAGUAAUAAAGUCAACAGCAAAUCCAACGAAAGACAACAAACCAUCAUACUCAACAAAUCACAGAUUGCCAAAGGAUGGUACAAAAUUAGCAACAAAUCCGAAGAAAGAUAGCAAACCAUCAUCCUCAACAAAUCAUCAUAGACUUCCAAAGGAAUUAUAUGAAACACCUACUAAUAUAGCCACAGCAUCGGCUUCAUCGACAUCACUGUAUGUCAAACGAUCCGCUAUGGCCAAGUCGAAAUCACAGCAACAAGAAUCAAUGACUACGCCAUCGAACAUACCAGCACGCGAUCGGCUUAGAUUGUUAUACAAUACCCCAGCUCAGAAGGUGGUACGAGCUAAACGAGACCGACAAUCCAUAGAAGAAAUUCAAAGAGAUAUCCGUCAUUCAAAAGGGAAAUAUUCUGAUGAUGACAGUGAUAACGAUAGAUCACGACCUCGAAAACGACAAGAAACGCAAUUAUCAUCAUCUCGACAUUCAUCAUCAGCUUAUAUGUCAAGAAAACCACAAUCUCCUCCUUCAACAAAUCAUCGCCAACCUAUUCGAAUGCCAUUUAGACGUCCUAUGGAUCCAGAACGAUUUGCUAGAAGACAUCGACCACGGGAUGAUUAUAUUGACGAAGAUGAUGAUGAUCUUGAAGAAUUCAUUGUCGAUGAUGAUGAGGAAGAUGACUACAGGACUUCUGACUAUUCCUCGGAAAUUGGCAAGAUCUUCCGUUACGAUCGAAACAGAUAUAUCAAUGAAAGUGUUUAUUCAGAUGAUGAUAUGGAAGCAAAUCCCAUGGAUGUUAUACGUGAAGAAAAACAAAGUGAACGACUGGCACGACGAGAAGAUCAAUUAGAAGAACAACGAGAAAUAGAACGACGCAAGAAACGAUUGGGCAAAUCAAAAUGGAAAUAGCAAGAUUUCAAUAUAUCAAUAUAUACAACAUACUUAAUGAUGAUGAACAUUUAGAAUAGUUUCUAGUAGAUAUAAUUUUUUUUUUUUGUGAAUAUUUGAUUUAUUGAUCAACUGAAUAAAAUGAUCCUUUGUAUAAUAGAAC